UUCUUUUUUUUCUUUGUUAUUUACGUAUAUAACAGCUUAUAAAGGAGUCUAUUCAUCAGAAAAUAUUUAUCCGCGACACUAAGCUAAAAGAAGAGUAAAUGAAGACACAAUGCGCUAAUCGAGCAGAGCCUUUCGCGAAACCCGAUUAAUUGAUGAGUUGGCUAAGAGACUUACUCUCUCCCGUCUUUGAAACGUCUUUGCGCCUGUUGUUGUAGUACAGCAUCUCCAAUUUUUCGUUCAGUUAAGUAAAGAUCGUCGAAUUUCUUAAGCAACUUUUUUGGGAAUCCUAAAAGCUAUGUAGCUUUUUCCAUCAUUCUUUCGACAUGUUGCGAACCGAAGGCAACAUCUACAUCUUUCAAAGUCGACAUGUUAUCAAGAACGCAUUCACCAAUAUACUAAUAAGCAGGUAACGUACCGUUGGUCGAGUGGCUAUCUCGUUCAGAUUUGUUUGCAAGGGUCUACUUCUCCAAUGAAAUCUAAUGAAUACAACAUUUUAACUAUCAACCUGCUUGUCACCCACUUGGAAACUGUGCAGUAGAAAUAUAAAGCAUAACACGCACAAUGUUAAUUAAAUGCGAAGAAUGAAAGUGAGGAAUGAGAAUUACGCGCCUGCAACUAGCUAUAAAGAUCCAUGGAAAACUCCGGGUAAAUAACCGAUCCCAUCUUGCUGAAUAAAAUGCAGUUAACAAAAAUCUUUGCGCUUAUGGUUCAUCGUCCAGAUGUUAAAACCCUUAAUGGACUUAAUGAAAGACUAUAAAUGAUGGCGUGUCAACAUAGUACCGAGAGUGAAAGAGACACCGAUGUUGAAGCUUGAAUGUAUAACAAAUGGCAAGAAAGGAAAUCAAAUGUGUACGCAGAUAACGACAGCAAAAAGAAUCACAUAAACAAACAGAUACUUCAUCAGAGUACAGGACAUAAAACUAAGUGAAAAUUAGAAAAAAACAAAAAAAGAAGGGAAAACGAAAACAAAAAAUACACAAAAUAAUAAAACAAAUAAGAAAAGAAAGAAUAUAAAAGAAAAAAAAAAUCAGGAAUUUUUUUCUUGCAUUCUUCUAUUAGGUAGAGGAAGAAAGAGCGAUAGAAAAAAAACUACAAAAGCAAUAAAAGUAAUCCAGAAUAUGAAUUGAAAAAGAAUGAACGUAAAGGCAGAAAAAAGAAAGCACGACAGAGAAAAACAUCAAAACAAAUUUUAAGACUUACGGGCGCCUCGCAAAUGACUGAGUGACAGAAGUGCGGUAAUGGUAAAUUGGAAAAUAAAAAAAAGAAAGGAAUGCAAGGCAAUCUGGGUUGUACGUGUUGCCAGUGAACAGUUAAAAGCACCGCUAUAAGGAAAAACGAAGCAUAAGAAAUAAAUAGAAGGAAAAAAACAAUGAUUACAGAAAUCACAGAAUACAUAGCAGUACGAAAGUUGAAAUGACAGCAGCACAAGGAAACCAACAUCGAGUUGUACGAAACGACUGUUAUUUGUUAUAAAGGCUUUCUUCACUUGCUUUAGUUUUUGUUGUUGUUGUUGUCUUUGAAAUAUUUCAUGCACAUUUAUAAAAGUAUAACAUUCGAUAGCCAAAGUACUUAGAUAAGCGCAAUAUCAAAAGCAAUAUCAGUCAUUCAAGCAGAAAAAGAAAUAUGUAGAAAAACGAGAAAAAGAACGAAAACGUCCAGCAUUCCAGAUGACAGCGCGCUCUGAUUGUCAAAUGAAUCUAUUUAAAUCUAUAGAUAAAAAGCCUUAAGGGAUUUACACAAAUGAUACGCGCUGAAGAGUGAGAAAACGUAGAAGAGCAUUAGAAGACUAAUCGAGAGCCUCGUCACAAAAAUAUUCGCAUAAACUAGAUUGAAAUUGAUAGGUGGCAGCAAGGAAGGAAAAAACAAACAACAUUUAAAAAAAGGAAAAAAAAGGAGAACAAGCAAAACUCGUAACAUUUAUGUCGCCGUGAACGCCUACCUAAUUGUUAGAAGAUUUUUUAUACAACCCUAUAUAGAUGGCGCUUUUGGUGUUAAUACUAAACACCUCCACCGAUACCACCAAUAUUAAAGACACCAUAAUCAUCAUCGAUAUCCAUCGAUUAUAUAAAGGAAAUUUCAAAGGAACGGAUAAAAUUUGACAAACAGAAAGAAGCGAAGGAAAAUUGGAAGACAUAUAUAUUUCCACAUUUUCACUAAAGAAAUUUUAAAAUAGAAAAAGAAAGAAAGUUAAAAGCAAUUAUUUAUGUAAGAUAAUUUAAGCGAUUAGACUUAAAUUAGAAGCAAAAAUUGCACUUAAAAUUGUUAAGAACGGCUAACUAACAGCAUCCUAAGCCAAGCAGUAAACAGUAGAUUUUGCAUCCACCACCGCUUGACUAAACAUGAUUCUUGCAGCCUACCUGGCUUCGCUGUCAGCACUUUUUCUAUUAAGAACAUUUUCGAUAGCCUGUCCGGCGGAAGUUUGCGUUUGCAAAUGGAAAGGUGGUAAGCAGACAGUGGAAUGUGGCGCGCAAUCUUUGCCUAACAUACCGGAGGGCAUGGAUCCCGGCACACAGGUUCUCAAUUUUUCGGGUAACGCAUUGCAAGUCUUACAAAGUGAAAGGUUUCUACGUAUGGAUCUAUUAAAUUUACAAAAAAUCUACUUAUCGCGUAAUCAGCUGAUACGUAUACAUGAAAAGGCUUUCCGUGGCCUAACAAACCUGGUAGAACUUGAUUUGUCAGAGAAUGCUUUGCAGCAAAUACCCACGGAAACCUUUCAAGACUAUAGCUCGCUAAUGCGUCUAAGCUUGAGCGGGAAUCCGAUACGUGAACUAAAGUUAGCCGCUUUUCGGUAUUUGUCAUUCCUUACAACUUUGGAGUUGAGUAACUGUCAAAUAGAACGUGUCGAAAAUGAGGCAUUUAUUGGGAUGGACAAUUUGGAAUGGCUGCGUUUAGAUGGCAACCGCAUCAGUUACAUACAGGGAAACCACAUAUUGCCUAAGUCAUUGCAUGGGAUCAGCUUACAAAGUAACCGUUGGACAUGCGAUUGUCGUUUGCUGGACGUGCAUGCUUGGCUAACUACUUAUAAUACUCCACAAUCAGAAGAUCCAAAAUGCGUGGAACCAACUCGGCUCAAGAGUCAAGUGAUAAAAAAUCUCAAGCGUGAAGAAUUUGCUUGUUUGCCGGAAGUGACGCCUCAAUCAACUUACAAUGAAGUUUCUGAAGGUCGAAAUUUAAGUAUUUCUUGUGUCGUGCGUGCAAUACCUGAGCCGAAGGUAAUAUGGUUGUUUAAUGGCCAAGUUAUGAGUAAUGACAGCCUAUUGGAUAACCCGCAUUUGUAUUACUACGUAGAUGAUUCGGCGGGAAUUUCUGAAGAGAAACGCAGCGAGAUAUUCAUUUAUAAUGUAGGAAUAGAGGACAAUGGCACAUUUUCCUGUGUUGGUCAGAACAUUGCUGGUACCACCUUUAGCAAUUAUACCAUAAGAGUGAUAAUUAAGGAACCGCCGAUAGUCAAUGAAGUAUCAUUUCCACAAAAUUAUCUUAACUAUAUAGUAGCCAGUAGUGCUGGUGGGGGCAUUAUUUUUGCGGUUUUAUUGUGCACUGUGAUUAUCAAAUGCAAGCAACGUGAUGCACCUCGAAAACGAAAGAAAUGUAACCCGUCUGCGGUUACAUCCGUUAACGGUAACAACACCACAUCGUCUGAUGGCGGCAGUAGCAACGAUACCGGCCUUAUGAAGUGUUCAUCGAUUAUAAAUGACGGUGAUAGUAUAAAUGCUGGCUCUGGUUUAAUAUUGAGUGCUUGUGACAGUAUGACGCCCACUAAGUUGGGCAAAGAGAAUGGCGUCAUAUUAGGCAAUCAAAUGAAACAGAACAUCAUGUUAUAUGCACCGUUGGAGGGCAGCAACCAAACAUUGCAAUUAAGUGUAAAUAUUGCUAACGCGGCAACACCUCCGCCUACGCUGCCGGCUUCCCUAAUGGUAAAUCCGGCCAUUAGUAAUACUUUGGCAUAUUGUUCUCCACCCGCUUCUUUGCGUAAUGCAUACGCAGAGAAAAAUCCCGAUCUGAUUAAUGACACUGAAAACGGUGUGAAACAUAAACUGAAGACAUCCACAAGCCUCGACGCAACCGCAACAGCAUACGAUGUGGGCAAUGAUUGCUCAGCACCUGUACAAUAUGAUCGAUUUUAUCAAUUGGCGCCACAUUUUGGUUCACAGAUUAUGCGUCCAAAUACUAGUAGCGGUAAUUCAAGAUUUGGCGCAAUGACUACUCUUCCACGGGGUAUGCAAUUGAAAACCGUCAUGAAUAGUUUACCAGCGCAUGCAAUAGAUGUACAUCUUAAUCCGGUUUGUUUUUUGGGGCAAGAUGGUUUCGCCUACGAUUUUAACAAUAAGCAUUUGCAGCAAAUCCCGCCCGCCCAUCAUCAUCUAAUUCAACAACAGCAGGCUUCAUCGCCACAACAGCAACAUUCACAACAACAAACGCAGUCACAGCAAAAUUUUUAUCGCACCUUACCUCACAACCGAGUCCAUAAGCAACAACAGCAACAGCAAUACGCCGCUUCGGCCACUAAUGGCAUGCGAUAUAGUCUGGAGGCUGAAUUUUUGCAACAGCAUUCGUCUAACACGCCAAGUUAUGACAAGCUCACGAUGCCCAAUGUACGUUUCACUGCCGAGGGAUAUCCUCAGCAAGCACAGCAAUUGGGGCAGUAUCCAUCACCCCCUGAAGGCUACAAAAGCGCCAAUUCACCUACAAAUGCUUUAAACGAUAAUACGGUGACAAAAAGUUUACAACAAUGGCCACCUUGUUUACCUGGUUAUCACGCUCAAAGCGGUAGCAUUCGCUAUCCUACUUUAAUCACGGGAGCUGGGAACUUGCCUUUAAGUCCCCAACAAUUAGAAUCAGUAGCAAAUACUACUGCUGGCGUGAACAUACAAACACUCAAUAGCGGCACUUUGUCGUCGGAAUCAUCGCCAAUUCAAACAACGUUGUCAUUGUCACAACAACAGACACAGUCGAAAACAAAUGCUGCAAUGCCAACGGCGCAAACAAUAACAAAGGCAACAGCAACAACAACAACUAUAAACGCUUCAACACAAAGUGAGGGUAGAAAACCAAUGCGCUGUGCGGCUGCCCAGGCUGAUUCGACCACUAUACCUGAAUGCGAUGAAACCGAUAUAUCGCCCACCUCUGCAAGCAACGUAACAAUAGCAGCUUUAAAGAGUGCUGAUGAUGAUAUACUCACAAACGCCACGACUGCAACACUAACAGAACACACAACAAAAACUCGUCAUUUAAAUGGUCCUUUAGCUGAUAGUCCGGACGAGGGUUAUGUGGGAGAUUCACAUGAAAGUUCUGAUAUAUGACAACAACAACACCAACAGCAGCAACGGUGUUUGAAAGCAAAGAACUUGAUAACAACAGCACCGAAAAACGCAAAAAACAAUGCAAACAUUAACGCCAUUAGCAGCCCCAAAGCCGUCAACAAGAAUCUCACCCUUGCAACCAAGCCCUGCAAAGCAACGUCAGCCAAUUUAAAUUCAAAUUCAGCAAAAAUAUUAAACGAUGAUUCGGUAGCUCUGUAAAAUACGUUGAAAACUAAAGAAAUCUGAAAAAAAUUAGAGAAAAGUUCUUGAAAAAUAUUAUAAAAGCAUUAACAUAUUGAAAAAUGUUCUUAUAUGGAUUUUAUUUACACUUUCUUCCAAUACUUGAUACUGAGAAAUUUUUGCUGAAAUCCUUUAAAGGCAAAAUUCGGCAAUAACUAAAGAAAAACUGGGUUUUGUAAGAGGCAAGCUCUGAAAGCCUCAUGAGCUUAUUAUUGAUCUAUUAAGCGCCUAAGAAUUGCAGGAGAAAGAAAAAAAGGAGAAAAAAGAAAAUUCGAAAUGUUAACACUUCCGUAUUAAGAAAACUAAAGAUUGAACAAACACUUAAAAAAAAAAAAGAAUCCUUGCUAUAAGAUUAAAAUUAAUCCAGUUUCCCUUAAGUUAAUGAAUAAGAAAUUGUA